GGAGGAUUCCGAUCAUCCCGUCUUUGACACCUGCCCACGCAGCUGUCGUCGAAACGAGAGGCGAUGCGUCAACUCGCUCGCUUCUCGGCUCAAUUCUCAUUGGUGCGGUGCCGGGAUGUGGGUUGGUCUGUGCUUUCGCAAACCGGACAGCUCUUUCCGCCGCCCAAACACACGAGCUUCCGCCGCUUCCUAACCUGACGAACCCGCACCCACGCUACCUUCCAUUGGCCUGUUUUUCUCUGCUCGCUCACCGUGCACGUCGCUUCUUCCCUCCCUCUCGCUCCCUCUUCUCUUCCUCUACUCCUCUCACACCCCCAUCGCCAUCUUCCCUCCCCCAACCGCGAGCAUCAGUUCGGAAUCUGCGCGUGCUCCGUCUGCCAUACCCGACAACAUCCGCACCCAGAUCAUCACAUCCCGCCGCCAUGCAAUUCCGAACGCUCGUCGCCGCCGCUGCGGCCUUGAUGCUCUCCACCGUCGCCCCCGUCGCCGCCGACCAAGGAAAGGGUCUCAUCCCCGACGCCUACAACUUCAAGUGUGCGGACUGGUGCGGCCCCAUCGUCACCGUGUCGCAAUCCACCUGUCUCGGCGCCUCGGAGGGCCUGAAAUGCUUCUGCUACCAAAAGCACAUGAAGCACCUCAUCCCGCUAUGCGAAGCUUGCAGCUACAAUAGCCGCACCGAGGGCAACAGUGUCGCCUUCUAUCCAGCCAUCAAGGACGUCCUCGAUACUUGCAACCUCAAGACCACCUCCGUCACCCAGGGUUACGCUGCUGCCACUGCCGCGCCGGCCUUGAUCGGUGCCGGCAUUGCCGGCAUCGCCGCCUACGCCGCCAUGUAAAGAAUCGAAGAUUGUGGAGGGGUGUGGUGGCAGUGUCGCGGCGCUGGGGAAGAGCGGGUGAGCAAGGAGGGCCGACGCGUAGGUGUGGUGUGUUGCGCGCACAUCGUCUUGGGGCGGAGAAUCCGGAAUGGUCUACUAUUUUUCUUUUCCUCCGCUAUCAUGGCUUGCAGAGAGCGUGGUUGUAUAAUAAACUCACCAGCCAAAACCCUCUCGUAUACCCACUAAAUGGAUUUUCUCCCUUUUUA